AGAGUUUACGAGAAGACGCCCGAUCUGGCCCUGGUUUUCGAGAGAAAGAUAAAAAAUACUUCGGAUUUUUUUUUCUUUUUUGGGGAGGAAUGCCGUUUGGGUUUGGUUAGUUCUCCUUAGGCCGUAUUUAGUGAAAGAAUGAGUUCGACAAGUGAAUGGAUGGAACGAACUGCUCAAUGUUUGCGAGGACGAGAGACGCCGAUUGUUGUUAGAAGUAGGUGACAGUGAGAAAGACGAAAAGGCAACAGGAUCGGUUAAACUUCCCUUCCUAGUUCAGUUACUUUUUUCAGCCUAGGUAAGAGGAGUAAGCAAGAUUCUGUCUCUUGAAGGUAAACUCUUAAUGAAGUUCUAAAGACGCAUGGCGCAGAUUUAAAUGUCCUGAUACCAUGGGAGGACGGAGCAUUCAGGUUUCUGGUUUUCCUGCCGGUGUUGAUGCUGAUACUGUUAAGAACUUUCUGGAAUCGUAUACAGGAUCGGGGACCGUUUAUGCAUGCAAAGUCAGGGAACCAAAGCAAGGCCGGAGCAAAAGAGUUUUUGCGAUGGUUCAGUUCACCACUAAGAGAGAUGCUGAACUUAUUACUUCUCUAGCACAGCCUCGUGCUUUGUACUAUGGGUCAUCCUAUCUUACUGCUCGGAAUUUGGAGAGAGAUGUUGUUCCACAACCAAGAACCCCAUUUUUUUCUCUGGAAAAAGUAGUGUUACACUUCGGAUGCCUUAUUUCAAAACAAACAUAUUACAUUCUAUAUACGAAGUCAAUUGUGAAGGUGGAGUUCGGCUUCGGUUUGCGGAGAAUAUACUUCUUUCUUGCUUGUGGAGACGUUGAAUACAAGCUUGACCUCUAUUAUGAGAAUGUGUGGCAAGUUCAGCUGCGACACCAGAGAGGGGUGAACAAAAGAUAUUUGCUUUUUCAGCUGCAAGGUGCACCACGCAUAUUUGUUAAGCCUGUAUGCAUUACGUCAGCAAUCUCUCGGAUGCCAAUUCUUGACUUUUUUAAGGAUCUUCCAGAUGAUCAGUGGAUUCGAACAACAGAUUUUACGCCUUUGUGUUCUAUAGGGCAAUCGUCAGCAGUCUGCCUGGAAAUCCCAGAUGGGUCUUCUUUACCAGAUAUCCGUGAGUACUUUGCACACUAUAAAGACGUAGAGGGUGAAUUCACACUACAACAAGGCUUUUCUUAUUCUUGUGGUUUAAGUUUGGUUCCCGUUGUCAAACCACCAAACAGAAUCAGGUUACCGUUCAAGAUACUGUUCAAGAUAAAUUAUUUGGUUCACUUUGGAUAUCUUGUCGGUCCGACACUUACAGAUGAGUUCUAUCAUUUGCUGAAUCCAUCAGUCACACCUCUUAACUACAUUGAACUGGCCCUGGAGAAACUCUCUCAAUUAACAGAUUGCUCCUUUGAACCUGAGAAGUGGUUGAAAGCACAGUUCAGGAAAUUUAGUAGAGCUCGAUAUCUUCCAAAGUCUGCAGUGAUUUCACUCGAACCUGGUUUGGUUUACGUUCACAGAGUUCAAGUGACCCCUUCAAAAGUAUAUUUCUAUGGACCAGAGAUCAAUGUCUCUAAUCAUGUGAUUCGCCAAUACCCUGAUGAAAUAGAAAAUUUUCUACGUUUAUCAUUUAUUGAUGAAGAUUUGGAAAAGAUUCGUUCUUUUGACCUAUCUCGGAGAACAACACUACCGGAUGACCAAAAAUCUACUUUUCUAUUGGAAACGAUGUUGUCUAGUUUGGAAAUAACCUUAGGUAUUGGUGAUAACAAGAAUGAAUUUCCUGCUUUCUCAUCAAGCCACGUUUCUCAGAGAACCACAUUUCUAGAUGACCAAAAUCAUACUCCCAUAUACAGAAGGGUGCUGUCUACUUUGGAAGAAGGCAUAGUUAUUGGUGAUAAGAAAUUUGAAUUUCUUGCUUUCUCAUCAAGCCAGCUAAGAGAUAAUUCUUUGUGGAUGUUUGCAUCACAUCCUGAACUUACUGCAGCUGACAUCAGACGAAAGAUGGGUGAUUUUAGUUCCAUUAGAAAUAUCGCUAAAUAUGCAGCGAGGGUGGGGCAGUCAUUGAGCUCGUCGACUGAAACUUUGAAAGUGCCUCCAUCUGAAGUUGAAAAUAUUCCAGAUGUAAAAAGUGGUCAAUAUGUUUUUUCUGAUGGGAUAGGAAAGAUUUCUUCAGCAUUUGCGCGCAAGGUGGCAGAAAAAUGUAGUUGCAAUCGAAGGAUACCUUCUGCCUUCCAAAUUAGAUACGGGGGCUACAAAGGUGUUGUUGCUGUCGACCCCACAUCAAAUUUUAAGUUGUCCUUGAGAAAGAGCAUGUGCAAGUACAUGUCAAAUGACACUCAUCUGAAUGUUUUAGCUUGGACUAAGUACCAGCCCUGUUUCUUGAAUCGUCAAAUAAUAAACCUCUUGUCAACUCUGGGGGUUGAAGAUCGCAUCUUUGAAAUUAAGCAAAAGGAAGCACUAGAUCAGCUGGAUAAAAUUUUAAUAGAUGCAAAGGUUGCACUGGAGGCCAUUGAGCUCAUGGCUCCAAGUGAAAAUAUGAAGGUUCUUACGGAAAUGCUACAUUGUGGAUACAUGCCAAAUUCUGAGCCAUUUCUUUCGAUGAUGCUGGAAACAUUUCGAGCAACCAAGUUACUAGAGCUUAGGAGAAAAGCAAGAGUAUUUGUCCCUGAAGGAAGAUCCAUGAUGGGUUGCAUGGACGAAACUAGAUCCUUAGACUAUGGUCAGGUUUUUGUUCAGUAUUCUGGUGCUGGAGAUGCAGAGUGUCAAUGCACUCGUGUUGUUGAGGGAUUAGUUGUUGUUGCUAAAAAUCCUUGCCUACACCCUGGUGAUGUGCGUGUCUUGUGGGCUACCAAUAUUCCAGCCUUGCACCAUAUGGUUGACUGUAUUGUCUUUCCUCAGAAAGGGAGAAGGCCACACCCCAAUGAAUGUUCAGGGAGUGAUUUGGAUGGAGAUGUUUACUUCGUUAGUUGGGAUCCUGCACUUAUUCCACCUAGGCAAAUCCCCCCUAUGGACUAUGAUCCUGCGCCGCCAGAAGAUCUGGGUCGUGAUGUCUUAAUCAAGGACGUGCAAGAGUACUUUGCAAAUUAUAUGAUCAACGACAGCUUAGGUAUAAUUUCAAAUGCCCACACAGUGUUUGCUGACAAGGAACCAAUGAAGGCACAGAGUCUGCCAUGCAUAGAGCUUGCCAAGCUUUUCUCAGUUGCAGUUGAUUUUCCCAAGACUGGUGUCCCAGCUGUUAUCCCAUCUCAUCUCCGGGUCCAAGAAUAUCCGGACUUCAUGGAAAAACCAGACAAGCCCACAUAUGAGUCCAGGGGAAUAAUUGGAAAACUUUUCAGGGCUGUCAAGGGUAGAUCACAGGUUGCUUCAAUUGCAUCUUUUACAAAGAGUGUUGCCUGCAAAGCAUAUGAUCGAGACUUGGAAGUAGAUGGAUAUGAGGACUACUUGGAUGAUGCCUAUUACUACAAAAGCGAAUAUGACCUCAAGUUGUGGAAUCUCAUGCAGCAUUAUGGGUUCAAAACAGAGGCUGAGAUCAUGUGUGGUAACGUGAUGUUCCUCUCUGGAUCUUUUAGAAGAAACAGAGAUUCGGAAGCCAUCCUACUGGCUGUGAGGUCUCUUAGGAAGGAAGCUAGAGCCUGGUUUGCAAAAGAGUCCAACAGGUCAGAGCAGUAUGGUGAUGACUAUGAGGAUGAUCCUCUUGCAAAGGCGUCUGCUUGGUAUCACGUCACGUAUCACCCAGAUUACUGGGGAGCCUACAGUGAGGAGAACCAACCACAUUUCAUCAGCUUUCCUUGGUGUGUCUAUGAUAAGCUCAUAACCAUCAAGAAAGAGAAGCUCAGGUCUCGAAAAACCAGGGCUGCUCAGUUGAAGCACCACGUGAACUCACUAAUGCUGUAAAGAAUCAUCUGCCUAAUUAGAAGCGCAUCCAUGCUUUGCUUCCUUCUUGUUGACUUGCGUUUCCCUGUCCAUAAUCCCUACAUAUAGGUCGUAGGAUUAGGCCAUAAUUGGUUGUACACAGGUUGGUGUUUCUUCUGUAUCUCUUCCUUUUGUGGUCUUUGUUUCACCAUGUUUGUCUACGUUGUGCUGUCAUGUUAAACAGGCAAGGGAUUUUCAGUAAUUUCAAUGUUUAUUUGGUGUGACA